AUGUCCGAAGCUGACCCUCCGUCUGGGUUUGCCGGCCGCGUGGACAACGGGACCUUCCUGGAGCUGUUCCCCACCUCUCUGUCCACAUCGGUGGACCCGUCCGCAGGCCACCUGUCCAACGUGUACGUCUACGUGUCCCUAUUCCUCAGCCUGUUGGCCUUUCUGCUCCUGCUUUUAAUCAUCGCCCUGCAGAGGCUCAAAAACAUCAUCUCGUCCAGCGCCUCCUACCCGGAGUACCCGAGCGACGCGGGGAGCUCCUUCACCAACCUGGAAGUCUGCAGUAUCUCUUCCCAAAGGUCCACCUUCUCAGAUCUGUCGUCUUGA